UGAUUCAGACUGGGUGAGAGAGAGGGGGAGGGAGAGUUAAGCGUUUCUCUGUAGAGAUUUCUCUUUCAUACUUUUCUUCUUCCCCCGAAGAGUAGAGAGAGAAUCUCUCUCCCCCUCUCUCUCGUGCAAGUUGGAAGCGUUUCUAGGAAGAUAAUAAUCCGUUUUUGCAAUCCAGACUUUGACUAAUGGCUUAUCUCUUCGCUUCGUUGGUUCGCAGGUUCGCUCGUUUCAUUGAAGCUAAACCAAGCUCACAGCAAUGGAGCUGGUGGGAAAAGUCGUUAGGAAGGAGAUCGACGGGGUCGGGUUCUGCUCCGGCACGGUGCGAUCGUACGAUCCGUCUGGAUAUUACGAGAUCGUGUACGAGAACGGCGUUACGGAGACUUCGAGAUUGGCCGAGUUCACUGCUGCUCUCGCGACGGGAGAAGAAGAAGGCAAAUCCGAGGAGACGCAGGCUCAAGUGUAUCAUCGCGAGAGGAACGUUGUGAAGCGGCCUCGUGACGAGGUCAAUGUGAUGAGGAAUGUCGAUUUGAACGAUGCGGUUCCUGAGGACUCAGAGGGUUUGAGAGGGAAUGUUGUUGAUUUGAAUUGUGGUACUGUGGAAACUCUAGCUUUUGAUCUGAAUAGGGCGGUGCCGGAGCCUGAUGAAGGUUUAGGUUAUGAGGAGGGUUCUAGUAACAAAAGGAGGAGAUUGAUUGAUCUGAACAUGGAUGCUGAGGUCUGUGAUUUGAAUGCGGACGAGAGGGAGGCGGGAUGGUUUGAUUUGAAUGCAAACGAGAGGGAGGAGGGAUUGUUUGAUUUGAAUGCGGACGAGAGGGAGGAGGGAUGGUUUGAUUUGAACGUGGCGGCGGUGGACGUGGAGAAUAGCAAGGAUGAUGAAUUAAUUCAGAUGAAUGGAGAUGGCCAAGUUCAAGAAACCAAUGUGCAGGAUGAAAACGGUGUCCAGGAUCAUCUGGAGACUGGAGGAUGUGAAGAAGUCCAUGUUGCUGAAGUAUCCAGCGGUCAGAGUUUUGAGGAGUUACGGGAGGAGCAGAACAGUGUUUCACUCCCAGAUCUCAAUGCUCCUGAUUCUAAUGGGGUUGAGGGGGAUCAUGAUCUUCCUGAGCUUGAUGCUGAUAAGACUGUGGAUAAGUCUCUCUCUGAUACGGAAACUCUGUUGAGAAGAAGCUCUCGUGGAGUGCUAGCUCCGAUUCCUGCCAGUAGCACUGUCACAGCUUGCUUAGCUGAUGAAGUAUCCAGCGGUCAGAGUUUGGAGGAGUUACGGGAGCAGAACAGUGUUUCACUACUAGAUCUCAAUGCUCCUGAUUCUAAUGGGGCUGAGGGGGAUCAUGAUCUUCCUGAGCUUGAUUCUAAUAAGACUGUGGAUAAGUCUCUCUCUGAUACGGAAAUCCCGGAUGAAAAUACUCGGUUGAGAAGAAGCUCUCGUGGAGUGCUAGCUCCAAUUCCUACCAGUAGCACUGUCACAGCUUGCUUAGCUGAUGAAGUAUCCAGCGGUCAGAGUUUGGAGGAGUUACAGGAGCAGAACAGUGUUUCACUCCUAGAUCUCAAUGCUCCUGAUUCUAAUGGGGCUGAGGGGGAUCAUGAUCUUCCUGAGCUUGAUGCUAAUAAGACUGUGGAUGAGUCUCUCUCUGAUACGGAAAUCCCGGAUGAAAAUACUCGGUUGAGAAGAAGCUCUCGUGGAGUGCUAGCUCCAAUUCCUGCCAGUAGCACUGUUACAGCUUGCUUAGCUGAUGAAGUAUCCAGCGGUCAGAGUUUGGAGGAGUUACGGGAGCAGAACAGUGUUACACUCCUAGAUCUCAAUGCUCCUGAUUCUAAUGGGGCUGAGGGGGAUCAUGAUCUUCCUGAGCUUGAUUCUAAUAAGACUGUGGAUAAGUCUCUCUCUGAUAGGGAAAUCCUGGAUGAAAAUACUCGGUUGAGAAGAAGCUCUCGUGGAGUGCUAGCUCCAAUUCCUGCCAGUAGCACUGUUACAGCUUGCUUAGCUGAUGAAGUAUCCAGCGGUCAGAGUUUGGAGGAGUUACGGGAGCAGAACAGUGUUACACUCCUAGAUCUCAAUGCUCCUGAUUCUAAUGGGGCUGAGGGGGAUCAUGAUCUUCCUGAGCUUGAUUCUAAUAAGACUGUGGAUAAGUCCCUCUCUGAUAGGGAAAUCCCGGAUGAAAAUACUCGGUUGAGAAGAAGCGCUCGUGGAGUGCUAGCUCCAAUUCCUGCCAGUAGCACUGUCACAGCUUGCUUAGCUGAUGAAGUGUCGCCUUCUCCGUCAGUUAAUAGUCUGACGGCCGAGGAAAAUGGGAUCGUUGAUGGGGAAGCUGAGGAUAUUUCUGUGCUUCCGCCAAAGCCACAGUUACCUCCAUCCUCGCCUAUUUUGAAUUUAGACGGUCUUCCCAUUCUUUAUGUCUUCGCUACUUACUCUCUUCUGCGGUCCUUCAGUACUGUGCUGUUUUUGAGUCCCUUUGAGUUGAAGGAUUUUGUGGAAGCGCUGAGGUGCACGUCUCCUUGUCUACUAUUCGAUAGUAUCCAUGUUUCUGUCUUGCAAUUACUAAGAAAAGUUUUGGAAAAACUCGCUGGUGAAGAUGAUCAGUCUGCGACUCUUUGCCUGAGGAGUCUUGAUUGGGACAUGUUGGAUGUGGUUAAUUAUCCCCUUUUUGUAGUCGAAUACAUGCUAUAUGCUGGUUCUAAGGACAGCCCUCGAGUGGAUCUAACUCGGUUUAAAUUUUUCAGAAAUGAGUACUUCAGACUGCCCAUGAAUCUGAAAAUUCAGAUACUUACCUGUUUGUGUGGUGAUAUGAUAGCCGCUGAAGUUGUGAGAUCAGAGCUUAAUAAAAGAUCUGUUGCAGCUGAUUCUGAAAUGGAUACUAAUAGGAAGACAAACAGCAGAAAGCGAGCUAUGAUGGAGCUGGCAAAUGAUUUUUCGUCGAAUGAUGGGGUCGUUGAUGGUUCCUUUGACAGGAACAUUGCUGACUGUUGUAUUUGUAAAAUGGAUGGUAACUUACUGUGCUGUGGUGGUUGUCCUGCUGCCUAUCAUUCUAAGUGUGUUGGUGUUGCCUGUGACCUUUUGCCUGAGGGUGUCUGGUACUGCCCUGAAUGUUCAUUUGACCGGCCUGGACCAGGAUGGAAGCGUGAAAUGCAAAUUCAAGGAUGGGAGUUUAUAGAGAUUGAUCCCCAUGGCCGAGAGUACUACAGCAGUUGUGGCUACUUAUUGGUGAUAGAUACCGGCUCAGUGAACUACUACCAUGCUAAUGAUGUGAACCUUGUGCUGGAGCAGCUCAAGUCAUACGGUAGUUUCUAUAUUGGCGUAACAAGUGCAAUUGAAAAACACUGGAACAUCCCUGUUAAAGCUCCUCCAGAAAAACAGGCAACUUCUGGAGUUAAGAAAAGGCUGGAGGAAACAUCCAGCAAUGGAGGUUCACAUCUUCGUUGUCACAGGACUCGUGGGAAGAUAUCAGGUGCAAUUACUGGACCAGAUAUCCAAAAUAUGUGUGCUGAAGGAUCUUCCGAAACUGCACACAAUGGUUUGGAUAUCCAGAGUCUUCAUGAGACAGAAUCUUCGAGCAUUUUGGAUGUCUUGAAAGAGCCAAAUAUGAUGAACACAAGGAGAGAAGUUAGACCUAAUGGGCAGAGCAAAUCCGGAUACAGAAACCAGUACAUAUUUGCUCAGAUGACUACAGCAAUUUCUGAAGAGAUGGCACGUAACUCACCUGACCGUUCUAAUGAUAUGAGAUUUGAUGAAGAGAUAGCUUCGACCCAGGUGAAGACUAUAUUGAUGAAAACCACCAAGUUUCAGUGGCGAAACAUCCAAUGCCUCUACCUAGAUGCAUGGAAAGAAAAAUGUGGAUGGUGUCAUUCUUGCAAGUCUAAGGAUACUGGGGGCGAGAAAAAUUGUUUGUUUAAUAUGAGUCUUGGGGCUUUACGGGGUCCUUCGGAAAGUGAGAUUUCUAACAGUCAACCCAUUAACAACAAAAGUCAUCUUGUGGCUAUCAUAUGGCAGUUAUUAUCCAUGGAAAGUCGAUUGCAAGGUCUUUUGGUUGGUCCAUGGUUGAAUCCAAAGUACUCCAGUAUUUGGCGUGAACACGUUCUGAAGGCAUCAAGUAUAUCAAGCUUGAGACAUUUAUUGGUUGAACUUGAGGCGAAUCUGCAUCAUCUUGUUCUUUCACCUCAGUGGCUAAACCAUGUUGAUUCUGCCGUAGAAAUGGGCUCGUCUACACAUGUUCUCCUUGCUUCCACACGAUCAUCGUCAGAGAUUACUACUGGUAAAAGAAGGGGGACAUUGUUGGAGUCUGCCACGAGUUGGUGGAGAGGCGGUCGACUUUCACGGAAAUUAUUCAACUGGAAGGUUUUACCUCGCUCUUUGGUCUCCAAGGCUGCUAUACAAGGUGGAAGUGUGAAUAUUCCAGGGAUAAUGUAUCCUGAGAAUUCAGAGCCCGCUAAGAGAAGCCGACGUGUUGCCUGGGAAGCAGCUGUUGAGUCAUCUACGACUUCAGAGCAGCUCGGUUUUCAGGUGAGGACACUCAAUUCUUACAUAAAGUGGGAUGAUAUUGAGGACAGUCAUCUUCUUCUUGCAUCAGACAAAGAAUCCCAAAAAUCUGCCAGGCUGUUCAAAAAGGUGAUUGUCCGUAGCAAGUGCAUAGAGGAAGAGACCGUUAAGUAUCUCCUUGACUUUGGUAAAAAGAGAUCUAUUUGUCAAAGUAGAUAUAUUCCGGAUGUUGUAUUGAAGAAUGGUCGGAUGAUUGAAGAAUCCUCGGGUGAAAAAAGACAGUACUGGCUGAAUGAAUCAUAUGUGCCUUUACAUCUGCUGAAAGAAUUUGAGAGAAAAGCUGUACGAAAUACUGGGAGGCCAGGAAGACCUUCUAGACACCCUGAGAUAGACAGAGUACGGAAAAGGUCCUCAAAGGGAAAAGGAUUGUCAUACCUAUUUAAAAGGGCAGAAAGAACCGAGUCUUCUUUGUGUGAGCAAUGUAAGGAAGAUGUGCCUUUGAGUGAUGCUGCGUGCUGCCACAUCUGCAAAAGAUUAUUUCACAAAAAGCAUAUCAGGAGAGCGGACGAGGAAGGCAUGUACAUCUGUCUUCCAUGCAAAAGCGAAGUGCUAGAUGAACAACCCAUCUUACUGAAAAGAGCGCGCCCCCCAGGGAGUCUCCGUAAUAAAAUUGGAGCUCAGACACAAAAGCGUGAAACGAUCAUACCUGCUCGCAACUCACCAUUGCGACGUUCAGGCAGGAAAACAAAUCAGGUUAUUCGUCUGCAGGAUGAAUUGGAAUAUGAAAGAGGCGGAGACAGGCCUAAGAAAGCAAGACGAGAGAAUUCCAUAGGAGAUAAGAAAGACGAAAGGUUCACCAUCUAUUGGUUGAAUGGACUCUGCUUAUCAAGAAAUCCUGGUGAUAAACGGAUCGAUAAGUUCUGGAGGCAUGGAUGUUCUAAACCUUUGAAGAACUCUGGUUCUGAUAAAGUUCAACGUAAAUGUCGUUUAUGCGGCUCGAUUGACUCUGAAUCCGGAUCAAUUCUCAUCGCCUGCGAAACCUGUAAAAAAUGGUACCAUGGAGAUGCAUGUGGUAUUAACGACGAGAAUUCAAGUAUGGUGAUUGGAUUCCGGUGCCAUUUCUGUCGAGAACUGACUCCACCCUCAUGUCCACAUAUGUAAUCAACUACAUCCCUUGUCCCAUCCUAAGCUGUGACUUUGUUAUAAUAGAAUAUCCUUAGGCUGGGAAUCAAGUUGGAAGAAUCAGAUAGAGUAAGGUGUAACUUGGAGAUGUCGUCUAUACAAAAUAUGGGAGAAGAGUAUUGCGUAGAUAAACAGAGGAGGAUUGUUUGGAGAUGGUAUGAAGUUAGUUUGGCUUGUUGGGACUGCUAACCUGGAUGAGUAAGGAGGUAUUACUAAAGUGAAAUGUUUUGACUUAAAGAGUUAAAGAGUGAACAAAUAGGAGAUUCAUGAACCAGAGAUAAUUUUAUAUUAUGAUUUCGUUUUCUUUUUGGAAUGGAGAGACAUGGUAAACAAGUGAAAGUUUUAUGUAUAAUAAAGAAUGUUGAAUCCAUUUUCUAUCGAAAUCCAUGGUGUUUGCUAGCU